CGUCUCGUUGGGCCCCUCCUCCAGCGGGACAGGGACACGCCGCAGGACUCCGAGUCAAACAAAACCCGAGUCACUCGCUGCACACACGAGGAGCGUCACAACAAGCCCCCGGCGACCUGGAACCCGCCCAAGAAAACCGAGAGAAACCCUGGAUUUUAUGGAGAACAAACUCUCGUGUUAAAUCUUUACAAGCAGGGCGGUGAUCCAAGACAGGUGUCGGAGCGUGUCGCAGUCAUCUGAUCAUAAUUAGUGCGCUCUUGUAUUGUGGUUACUGCGCGAAGACCGAGUUUCUGUCCCAAGAAACGCAAAUCUCUGUUGCAGUAACACCAGCCGUUAAUCACGCUUCGUUUACCGAGUCAUAGUACAAGAGGAAAUUGCAGCAUAAGUUUGCACAGCGCCUGCUUUGAAGUAGGUUGUAUCUGUAAUUAAUUUAUAGGCACCACGUGAGUGGGAUGAAACGACCUUCAUAUUAAGUGGGCACACCCGCUGGAUAUGAUACCUAACACACUCAACUUCAGCCAGAACGUCGGACCACUUUGACUCCCGGUACAGCGCCUGGGACUGGCGUUAAAUCUCACUGCAUGACUGUUGCGCGGAAGAACCGCGCGCUUCUGCAGGAAAGACGCACAACAACAGCAGACCCCGUCAGAUGAUGUUGUUCUGAGUGCAUUGGACUUCACGCGGUUUUAGUUUGAUUUUAACUUCUUUGGUUACACUUCUGAAGAGUUUUAGCUGCUCUCACCGAUCCAGAUGAGAAUGAUGGCAAUAUUAUGGGAUGACCCGUUCACGUUGCUGUGGAGACGGACCGUAAUUUAUUCUCUUCUGGUGCUCUUGAUGAGCGGAGCGCGCACCUUUGGAGAUGAAACCUUUAAUGGAGAGCAUCCUUGUGAUUUCCAACAAAAUCGUGGCAAGCUGUUUGUGUGGGGUCUGGGCUGCCUCACUUUGACUGAGAGGGAUAAUGAGAUGUGAUUGGACCGUGGAGCCGCAUUAACUGCUAAUUGUGUCCAUGUCUCAGUGGAUGACUUGCACUUCUGACUGUCAUGGCUGCGGCAGUACGGCUACCUCCCGCAGGCCAGCAGGCAGAUGUCCACCAUGCGCUCGGCUCAAAUCCUGUCGAACGCCAUCAGUGACAUGCAGCGCUUUUAUGGGCUGGAGAUCACUGGAGUGUUGGACCCCGGCACCAUCGAUGCCAUGAGGAGACCCCGCUGUGGUGUCCCUGACAAGUUUGGGGGUCAGAUCAAGACCAAUGUACGAAGGAAACGUUAUGCACUCACUGGCCACAAGUGGGACAAGAACCAAAUAACUUUUAGUAUUCAGAACUACACCCCAAAGAUCGGGGAGUACAACUCAUAUGAGGCCAUCCGACGGGCCUUCAAAGUGUGGGAGAAAGUGACGCCGCUGACGUUUGAUGAGAUCCCUUUCCAUGAGGUCAAAUACGGCCGUCGGAAGGAACCUGAUAUUAUGAUCUUCUUUGCGUCUGGUUUUCACGGUGACAGUUCCCCGUUUGACGGAGAGGGGGGCUUUUUGGCGCAUGCUUACUUCCCUGGUCCAGGGAUGGGUGGAGAUACUCACUUUGACUCAGACGAGCCUUGGACCAUUGGUUCAGAAAACCUACAAGGCAAUGAUCUGUUCCUGGUAGCCGUACAUGAGCUGGGCCAUGCCCUUGGACUGGAACACUCCAAUAAUCCUUUGGCUAUUAUGGCUCCUUUCUACCAGUGGAUGGACACUGAAAACUUUGAGCUGCCUGAGGAUGAUCUCCGUGGGGUCCAGCAGAUUUACGGACCCCCUAGCAGUUCUCCGACUCAGGCUCUCCCCACUGUGACCCCCCGGCGACCAGCCCAUCCAGACCCCAGGGCACCCCAACCUCCUAAGAACCCUCCCGGAGCGCCCCCUCGCCGGCCGGACAGGCCUCGCACUACCGAUCGCCCAGAUCACUACGGCCCCAACAUCUGCGAGGGCAAUUUUGACACUGUCACCAUGCUCAGGGGAGAAAUGUUUGUUUUUAAGGGCCGCUGGUUCUGGAGAGUGAGGAGGAACAGAGUGCUGGAUAACUACCCGAUGCCUAUUGGACACUUCUGGAGGGGUCUGCCGGGAGACAUCGAUGCUGCUUAUGAAAGGCAUGAUGGGCGAUUUGUGUUUUUCAAAGGGAAUCAGUAUUGGUUAUUCAGAGAAGCCAACCUGGAGCCUGGUUAUCCCCAAGAACUGAUGGACUAUGGUAGAGACAUCCCGUAUGACAAGAUAGAGACAGCCAUCUGGUGGGAACCUUCUGGCUUCACUUACUUCUUCAAAGGAGACUGGUACUGGCGCUUUAAUGAGCACUCCAGAGCCGCAGAUCAGGACUACCCUAAGCCAAUCAGUGUGUGGGGCACUUCGGUGCCGUCUUCUCCCAAGGGGGCCUUCCUCAGCGAUGAUGGGGCUUAUACAUACUUCUACAAGGGUACAAAGUACUGGAAAUUUGACAACCACAGAAUGAAAAGCGAGCCUGGCUACCCAAAGUCCAUUCUUAGAGACUUCAUGGGCUGUAAUGUGGACCUUAAUCCUGACAAAGACACUGAUAUGGAUCCGGGACGCAAGUGGCCUGACAGGCCACCCUUCAACCCAGAUGCUGGCCGAGACAAAGACAAAGACAAGGAAAAGGACAAAGAUAAAGACAACACUAAUGAUGUUGACUCUAAAGAGGAGACUGAAGAGAAAACGAAUGAGGUGGAUGUGGUUCUGAAGAUAGACGAAACAGAGCGCACCAUCAACAUCAUCAUGGUGACGGUACCCCUGGUCCUGGUGCUGUGCAUCUUGGGAUUGAUCUACGCAAUCAUUAACACACUACAGAGGAAAGGAGCACCCAAGUAUUUAGUUCACUGCAAACGUUCACUACAGGACUGGGUUUAACCUCCCAGAAUGACCCUCGAUCCCUGUUCUGCCCUUUCAUUUCACACGUCCAAAAACUUUGGACACACAAAACACCAUCAUAAACAUGCUUACAAACACACAUACAUACAGAUACUGACACACAUCAUGUUCAUCUUCACCCUUCUUUUCCUUUCCCAUGGUGCUCUCCUAACAUAUCGACUAGUCUAUUUAUAUCAGAAAGUUUGCACAUUGAUUUUUGUUGUUCAGUUUUCUUUGCAUAGUAUUUCUUUUCUUUUAAAUCAUUUUUUUUUCUUAAUUUCUAAUUUUAGGAUGUCACAAUUAGUCAUCUGCAAUCACAGUGUAAAUAAUGAUGGAGAAGCCUAGCAGAGCAAAAAGAGAGGAAAAGGAAAGCUGAGAAGGGAAUAUCUCUCUUAGGAAUAUUUCUGCAUCUAUUCACCUUUUCUCAGGACUCUCUGCUGUGGUUUUCCAACUGACUUAAAGGACUGUGGCCACUUGCAUCAUAACUUGCUGAUAAAAUGUUGAUAUACAGUGGGGUUCAAACGCCUGAGACCACAUGGAAAGUCUGGGAUUCAAAUUUAACUGAAACCUAAAAAUAAACAGGAAGUUUUAGGAUUUUUUUCCCCCUUUUUUUCAGCUCAAAUUGUUACGUUAAUAAUAUUUUUAUAUAGAAAGCAUUUAUUGAGUAAAAAAAAUAUUGCAUUAACCUUUUCAACUAUAGGUCUCUGACUUUUCAAAACUCCUUUUUGUAGUAGCUGGACCUGGUUGACUUGAACAGUAACUAAGUCCAGUAGCAUUUGAAUUUUUCCUGCUAUUUGUUUUGAUGUCAUAAAACAGGGACGUUUUUUUUUUGCUAACCUACUGCGAUCAUAACAAAAAGCCACAUUUUAUUGCCCCUUGUUUUAACAACUGUGCCUUGGUCGUGCCAGUCAGACAUGUUUAAUGUGGUUCUGUCAAUAUUUUUUAGAGCCCUCCUGAUUUCUUCCUUUCAAGCUGAAGUGUUUUUAUCUCCCAAAAGUCCAAUGACACUGUGGCAAUUAUAAAUUUUAUUGUCUGAGAAACAUAACACCUAGGUUGCUUUCAUGUAAAGUGUUUGAAAAAAGCUUGAGGUAUUGAGGAAGAUUUUAAUUUGCUCAAUGCAAAUUUAUAUAAUAGCAUUUUCAUAUUUUCAUUUGAUUGAACAAAGGAUCUACUGUAUGAAUUGAAUACCACUAGUGUACGUUCACCAAUUUAAAACAACAUAAAAUACACUUAUGGAAGCUUCUCGUGCCCAAUUAGAAAUAAAAGCCUUAGUGGGGCCCACUGUUGUAGGGGAUGUUAGGUAAUAGUCUAAUUUUAAAAACAGCAGGGGGUAAAAGCCAUUGCUAACCUCUUUCUACCCCAACCCAAAGCUCUCCCUACCAAAGAAAUAUUACUUGCGUUGACAUGGGUGGGCUUAAAUGAGAGGGAAAGAAACAGUGAUAACUGUGAGUUCAAAAGAAAAGGGUUUAGAUGCAGAAACCUUAUCUCUUAAGUCUUUGUGAAAGGGCUUAUGGUGUGUUAGUAAGAGUCUGAACUGGAUUGUAUUACAAUGAUGGGAUAUUUUAGGGGUGGGGGUGGGUGGGUUGUAAUAAACAAGCAGAAGUGGGAUAAACCCAAAGCAAGCUCCCUCUAGAAGGCUGAAACAUACUCAUACGCAAGUAUGUGGACGCGUUUAGUUACCUCAAUUUUAUGUUGCAUUCUCAGCAUUUCCACAAGGGGUGCUCUAGCGUAUUUUAGCAUAAAUGUAAAAGUAAAUUAAUUUCCAAAUAGGAUCUUCUGUGGCUAGAUGUUUUCUUCAAGCCUCGUACUGUUAGGCAGCAACAGGUUGAAGCGAAUCAUGCUGAGCAAGUUUGAUUAUUUAAACUCUCGGUAUGUUUCUAGCUGGCUAUCUGAAUAAAGCUUUCAUUAAUACUUGACAUUUUGAGGUAACUCCAUCCUUCACCUUACCUUGAGUACUGAGGUUUGAAUAUGAAUGCACAUUAAGUAUAUCUGAUGAGACGGUCCACUUGAAGUACAUUGGCCUAGCAUUCACAUCUGCGUUAACAUACUUGCGUAGAGUAUAUUUUUGGCCUAAGCUUGAGAUGCUUGGUAGAUAGUGUGUGUAGCAAUAUCUUCCCUACUUGAGAGCUUGCUGGCACACAAUCCCAUGGCCCACAUUGCCAGGGUACACUGCCAGUUAUUUUUGGAGCGCAUUCCUUGACCAGCAGCGGAAACAGGAUCCCUGUUUCAUUCACGACUUAUUCAUGCUGAUGUGAUCUACUAGGCAAAGUAGACAAAUUAGCCAAGUUUCCUAACAUUGUAAGAUAUAACUGCUGUCAGGUAGGUCUGUGUCUGCUUUCUGUGGUGUUUGCUUAGUCUAGUGUCUAACCUACAUAAACUCAGCUAGUAUACUCGGACACGGAAAGUAUUAAGAAACAAACCACCGCCACUUUUUAAAGUGCCUCUGACAAAAUCUCAGUCAUUUACCAUUCACAAUUAGCGAGAGAGUUUCUCCUUUCACACUGGGAGAGGCAGCCAUAGAGGAGAGAACGAAAGUGAGUGGUAUUAUAAAUAUUGCCCUGUCAGACAAGGUAGAGCAGAAAGCACUUUGAUAAAUAUUAUUGGAAGAGUAGAGGAGACACAGGACAGUCAUGAUCGGAAUGCUGUCACUGAUGAAUCCUGCUGAAUAUCUUUGCCAGGCGAUCCACCCCUCCUCACAGUGCUCCUGUUGUCCGAGGAGAUUUGGAGGAGAGUUAAUCAGACAUAAAAGCUCUUCCGUCCCUCCCCCGACGCCCUCUACCUUCUCCUCCAGUCGCCAGAUCAAUGAGGAAUACAUAAACAAGCUUGAAGGAUAUCUGAAACGCUCACUCAGGGACUCACUCAGGCCUUAUGGCUGUCUUAUUCCCACUUCAGCCCAUUCUUUGUCUGAUUUUCACACUACUUUAUGGCCUUUUUCCAUUAUAAGUCACUUUUACAAGGUAUUUGCAUAGUAUUUUGGAAAUACUGUAGUACCACAGUUAUCACAGUUUUGGACAAAACCAAAUACAAUGGUAUUCUUUGAAGUACAUUGGAAUCAAAAUCAUACUGAAUCAUGUAUGGGAUUCAAGGCCAGAUCAUGGUUCCUUGAGGCUCCUGAGCAAGCAUCUUUGGACUCCCAUUCCUACAAGUUCCACCUCUAUUGGUAGACCCACACACAUGUGCCAGGGAGUCCCGGAAGUGUAGUGGUCAUGUUCCACUUUAUGUGCUGGGUAGGUUCUGGCCUUAGGGGUUUUGUCCCACUGUAUACACUAGGGGGGCUAGGUACCCCACAGCCUUUUCACAGUGUAUGGACCCUACUGGUAAUGUCCCUUUGGGAAUGCCCAAUUGUCUACAACGGGCAGGCCAUGAACCUAAUGGUUAUGACUCACUGAGUCCCACUGUGUGGACCCAGGGGCCUGUGGCCCUAGGGGUCAGCUUGAUCUACCGAGACUCAAGUAUCCUGGGCAGUCCCUUUGGCAAUCUUUCACACAGCCUUAUGCUUUGGUGGUCCCUGGGAACUGGUCCCACUUGUACAGUCCUUGGUUAAAUAUACAGCUGAUACAUUCACUGUACUAUGGUAUCAUUUGUGGUAAGGUUGUAAGGGCACUAGUUUAGUAUGCAUAAAAGUUUAUUACUUAGUAUGUUUGUUUCUACACAAAUUUCUUUAGUUAUUUUUGUUUUCAGAGAUGAUAAGGGUAACUAAACCAUUUUUUUUGGUAGACAAUGACAGAUGAAUUAUCAAAACAGUGUUUAUUUGUUAGUAUGUGAUACUGUAUAUUUAUAGGUCUAACAUUUUCUCCGUCAUCUCGAAUCAACUCUUGGCCAAGUUUAGGACUGGCUCUUAUAACAAUGGCCCCUCUCUCUUGCUGCAUUAUUGUCCUGCACAUUGCUUCUGGCCAACAGGAAGAUAGACUGGGCCCUCAGCCAGGGCCAGAAAGCUUCCUCCCACCAACACUCACACUAGCAGUGCAUACUAACAGCCUCUUUUCAGAAGGCUUUCGGUGUGAAUCAUGGACAUUGACUGUUUUGGUCACACCGUUCUCAUUACUGCAGCUCUGGACAACUGUAUGUCUGACCACCCAGUGAUGCUACAUAUGCAGAGUGAAUUCUCUCUGUGUCUGUGUAUAUUCUCCUGAUAUAAACUUGAGCUCUGAUCAGAGGUGCCUCUAAGAACAUCCCUCCACACCAUUUAUUAACCAGCUGCAGUUAUUUGACUGCAAUCAAUGUUGACUUACUAAAUAAGUAGCCAAAAAAGGCUGAGACAAUAUGUUGUCUUCAUCUUUGUAGAAUCAGAUGAGUAGAAUGUGACAGUGUAUUUGCUUUCAACUGCAUUGUUCUGUGACAAGGGUAGAUUUAAUAUCAAAUCGACCUGUUGUGCGACAAUGCAUCUAGGCAAUGCACACUGUCCUGAAGGGAAUCUUAAAGAGCCUUACAAAAACAUGCUGUUUAAAACUAGACAAAGCAUUUUCAGACAGAAAUAUAGUAGCAAAUCACUAACAUUUAAAGCAAUGCUGUUAAUGUGCACAAAGUUGUGCUGCAGUGUUUUCUUAAACCCCUCAUCUUCAUUAAAGGUGGUAAAAUGAAAUUUAGUUUAAUUAUAUUUUCAGUUAAUAUUUUUUCUUAAUAUCUUACAUUUGGUCAUUUUUAAAAUUGUAAAUAGUACCUUUUCAAUAUUUUCCUUUUGUGCUUUUUUAUUUUAUUUAGAUUUUUACCUUGUUAAUAACAUUCCAAUUUGUGUUUUUGAUUUUCUUCUUGUGUAGAAACUGAGGAUUUUAUACAUUUGUGUUUGUUCACAUCUUCUGAGUGUCUUUAACAAUCCAUGCUGGACAUGUAAACAGUAAUAAAAGAAAUAAAAAGAUGUUAAAGAA